GAUGGAUUUUUGGACAUGUUUCUUCACCUUUUGAAAUAACAUUUCGAUUGAAAAUUGUGAUUCACCACCGCUAGAGGGCGUUGACCCCCCCUUUUUUUUUUCUUUUCUUGAAAAGCGGGACCUUCCCACUGACUCUUCUUACGCACACACGCCAACACACGCGCGCACCCACGAACACUGUUUUCAAACAUGAUGGAAGACAUCUGCCGUGGACGACUCUGUUGGACCCACUCCACCAUCACGUACGUCUUCACGCCUCUGGACGAGCUGCUGGAAAGUAGGCUCACACGAUGAGUAACUUAUUGACGCAACUCUCGCCACGACUUUCACGCCCGCACCUCCGUGGGAACUGACGAGCUCGCUUUAAAACAUGUUGCUUCUGUGGAGUUUGUUCGUGGGCGUGAUGGUGUCAUGUCAGACGUGGGGCCGCGACAACCAGGACCCCAAAGCGUCGCGGACUCAGCCGCACAUCGUCUUCAUCCUCGUGGACGACCAGGGCUUCCGGGACGUGGGCUAUCACGGCUCGGAGAUUAAAACGCCGACUCUCGACCGCCUGGCGGCCCAAGGAGUGAAGCUGGAGAACUACUACGUGCAGCCCCUCUGCAGCCCCUCCAGGAGCCAGCUCAUGACCGGCAGGUACCAGAUCCACACUGGGCUCCAGCACUCCAUUAUCCGAGCCACCCAGCCCAACUGCCUACCCCUGGACAACAUCACCCUACCCCAGAAGCUAAGGCAAGCGGGCUACUCCACCCACAUGGUGGGCAAGUGGCACCUGGGCUUCUACAAACGAGGCUGCCUCCCCACCCAGCGAGGGUUCGAUACCUUCUUUGGAUCUCUGCUGGGAAGCGGCGACUAUUACAGCCACUACAAGUGUGAAGGUCCCAGCAUGUGCGGCUAUGACUUGUACGAAGGCGAGGAGGCAGCUUGGGAACAAGACCGCGGCUUGUACUCGACGGUAAUGUUCACCCAAAAAGCUAUCGGUAUCUUAGCAAAACAUGACCGUCGCAAACCGCUGUUCCUCUACUUAGCCUACCAAGCGGUCCACUCACCCUUACAAGUCCCGGCUCAAUACCUGGAACGCUACAAAGGUAUCGUGAAUCUGCACCGGCGCAAGUACGCUGCCAUGGUAUCCUGCCUGGACGAAGCAGUCCGCAACCUUACAAUAGCGCUAAAGCGCUACCAUUACUACGACAACACCGUUAUCGUGUACUCCUCUGACAACGGGGGACAACCACUAUCAGGUGGUAGCAACUGGCCCCUCAGGGGUAGCAAGGCCACACUCUGGGAGGGCGGCAUUAGGGCAGUGGGAUUUGUUCACAGUCCUCUUUUGCUGAAGAAGGGGACAAAAUGUCGGUCUUUGGUGCACAUCACAGACUGGUUCCCCACGUUGGUGACCUUGGGGGAAGGGACUUUGGAUGAGGAUCUAAGCCUAGACGGAUAUGAUGUCUGGGAGGCUAUCAGCGAAGGGCUACCAUCUCCACGUCAGGACAUACUUCACAAUAUAGAUCCCAUCUAUAUUAAGGCCAAGAAUGGGUCGUGGAAAGUCGGGUACGGGUUGUGGAACACAGCUAUCCAGGCGGCGCUACGGGUUGGCCAUUGGAAGCUGCUAACGGGCGUUCCUGGCUAUAGCGACUGGGUACCCCCUCAGACCUUCUCCACCCAAAGACUAACUAUCCGCUGGCAUAGCGAACGAGUCCGCUGGGACCGCGGCAAGUCCCUGUGGCUAUUCAACAUCACCUCUGACCCUUACGAACGAGUUGACCUCUCUGGACGCUAUCCGCAUGUUGUGAAAAAGAUGCUCAUGCGGUUGGCACAGUACAACAAGACCGCAGUCAAGGUUCGGUACCCAGCUAAAGACCUGCGAUCGAACCCACAGUACAACGGCGGUGUGUGGGGACCAUGGCACAAAGAUGAGCCGUUAGAGGAGGAUCACAACGAUCUCUUCAGCAACCAUCUCAGUGGCUGGGGAAAAUGGCAGAAUAGUAGAAAGAUGCUAAAGAAGGUGGAGGAGUAACUUGGUGGGGUUUGUCAUGAAAGUUUCUCAGGGAUUUGAAUUUCGAAAUUCUGUAAAAUCCUCAAAAAGUUUAAGUUCUCAUCGUUCACUUAAGAGUAGUUUAGACCGGCACUUGAAGCUCGUCAGUAGAGGCUCUUGGUGGAACUUGUGAAUGCCACUGAGCCACAAGAACUCAAAUAAAUGCCAUUAUUUUAGUACAGUGUUAUUUAAUGGAAAAAAAAAACCCUGCCAACAAUACUUCAUUUACUUUCUAUAACCUGUUUAACAACCAAACUGUAACAACAUUGUUAUUGUAAGAGCGAACACUGAGGAACUAUUUUUCUAGCGUAGUAUGUAUCAUUAUCAAUACUAUAGUGACUCACUGGGUGGGACAGUUGUCUGUUUGGUCAAGUUGGUCUGGGAAGUUCCCAGUUGACGUGGGUAAGCACACCAUUUAUUUCGGCAGAGCUUACCUCAAAGUUCCACAUUUACUGCAUCAAAGUCACUCACUAUCGGCUUCCGUCUACUCCGGCGUUUUGCCCUCUUCUUCGUGCUCGCUUCUAUAAGCAGUAGUUCAUCCUCCUUAUAUUCAGCUUCAAAAAUAGUCGUCUUCGUUGUCUGUUACCAAAUCUUCCAUGAUUAGAACA